AUGCUGCUGAUGAAGCUGCACCAAUCUGCUGUCGAUCUGCCUAUGUGUCAGGAAAAUGGUAAUGUAGUACGUGAAAGUGAUAAACGUGAAGAAAUUUAUUUUGAAAAAGGUCAAACAAAACAGCUUGUUGAAAAAUGGAAAACAAAACAAAUUUCACCUGAUCGUGAUCAACAAGAUGGAACAACGGCAGGUGAAGAACGUCCAUUAAAAGAUCAAGAUAUUUUACAAACAGGAAAAGCUAAAAAUUUAGUUCAAAUGUUUAAAACUAUGGAUAAAGAAAAUACACCUCCACCUGAACGUCGUGGACCAAGACCCAUAACACCACCACCGAAUGAUCAAAGAAAACUAUCGUCUGCAAAUGAUGAUCAAGAAAGUAAUCGACAUUCCCAUACCGAUGAUACUGUAAAAAUCGAAUCGGGUCAUGCUAAAGCAGCUAAAGAAAGAUUUAUGCAAAAUGUUGAACAAAAUAAUACCGUAACAUCAAAAACAAACUUGAAACAAAUAACACCACCGCCAGAUGGGGUAAAACAAAGAAAAUCUUCUAGUCCAUCUGAUGUUCAUAAUACAACAGUUGAACAAUAUGAAACAAAUGAAGAUAUUAUACCGACAAAAGGUCAAGCAAAAAAUUUAAAAAAUCGUUUUGUAGAAUAUGAACAAGAAGCAAAAAAAGUGGAAACAGCUUCGUCCAAAGUGAAAUAUACUCCUAAAAGAUUUGUUGAUACACCGGCUCCCAAACAAACAAAUAUUGAACCAGCUAUUGCCGAUAAUAAAUGUUUUGUAUGCAAUAAAACAGUAUAUGCUAUGGAAAAAGUUGAAGCUGACAAGAAAGUUUAUCAUAAAGCCUGUUUUAAAUGUAUGCAUUGUAAAUCUGUAUUAAAACCUGGCAAUUUUACAUCUCUUGGUACAAAAAUUUAUUGUAAACCCCAUUAUAUGCAAUUGUUUGCUGUUAAAGGAAAUUAUUCAUCCGGAUUUGGAUUAGAAGAACAUAAAUCUCGAUGGUCACAACAACCACAAAAUGGUACACAAUUACAAAAUACUAAUCAUAAUAAUUCUCGACGAACAUCAUCAUCAUCUAACGGAACGAAUGAGAAUCUUAUUGAAUUAAUAUAUGGUACAUAUGAUCCUCAGUUUGAAUCACAAUCUACUGCACCGAGGUUUCAAUAUCCAGACGUAUCUUCGUUUGCAAGAUUAUUGCAUGUUCAAGACCGUAUUGGACGAUUGCAUUACGUCAACGUGUUACGUCAGCAACACUACAAUAAACAACAAAAGUUAAAUCCACAAUUAAAUGAUAUAUUAUUGAAACAUCUUCGUUAUAAAACCUUUAGUGAUGAUAAACCAAUAGAACUUGAUCUUCAUCAACUUAAAGACGUUAAGUCAAAUGAUGCUGACUAUCAACAACUGAAAUGA